GGUAGCCAAUCAACACGUUUAAAGAUGAGCAAUAUGUCAUCCCAUUUCCUCUUUUGUUUUGGUUCACUACACUUUUUUUCCAUUUAUUUUACAAGUGUGACAGUAACGCAUGAAUUUAUUUAGAUUAACCAGCAAUGUACAAUUCAUGGUAUGAAUACAGCCUUUAGUGUGCGUAUGUGUGUGGAGAAGGAGAGAGAUGGGAUGAGGGUAGAUCGGUCGGAGUCUUAAUAUCGCAUCUGUUUUUAGAUGAUGAGGAAUUCAUGUAGACUAAACAGCAAAACAAUCGUUCGAAAUCCUUUACUGUUUAAAACCAUUUACACCAUGUCAGAUUACUCCAAAGAAAGAAGCGUAGCUAUUCAAGCUGUCUUGAGUGCUAGUAAAGUGUGUCAAUCUGUAUUCCAACACUUGGUAGCCAACGAGACAUUAACCAAGGAUGACAAGUCUCCCGUCACAGUUGCCGAUUUCUCUGCUCAAGCGAUUGUCAACACUUGUCUCAAGGAACACUUCCCUGCUGAUCCCAUUGUAGGAGAGGAAGAUUCCAAAGAUUUACUAGGCGAUGCCGGAAAGAUCUUGAGAGAAAAGGUUGUUUCCUUGACCAAUGGUGUUUUGAGCGAAUCGGAAAAGCUGUCUGAACAACAAAUUUUAGAUGCUAUUGAUCGUGGUAAUUAUGGAGGUGGAGCUCAUGGUCGUCAUUGGGCUUUAGAUCCUAUUGAUGGUACCAAGGGAUUCUUGCGUGGAGGACAAUAUGCUGUUUGUUUAGCAUUGAUUGUGGAUGGUAUUGUUCAAGUAGGUGUGGUUGGAUGUCCCAAUUUACCCGUAGAUCACAACAAACCCGAGGGAGAAAGAGGAGCAUUGUUUAUUGCUGUCCGUGGUCAUGGUGCCUUCCAACGCACAUUCACCGAAGCAACCGAAUCACCUAUUCACUUUGCAGAUAUUUCAUCUACCGCCGAGGCAACAUUCUGUGAAUCUGUUGAAGCAGGACAUUCUUCUCAUGGCGAUGCUGUGGAAAUUGCCAAGGCAUUGGGUAUCACGCGUGAAUCCGUGCGUAUGGAUAGUCAAGCUAAAUAUUGUUCCAUCUCCAGAGGUGACGCAGAUAUUUACUUGCGUCUUCCUACCAGUAAAACUUAUGUCGAAAAGAUUUGGGAUCAUGCAUCCGGAAAUGUCCUUGUGAGUGAGGCAGGAGGAAGAGUUACAGAUAUUUAUGGUAAACCUCUUGAUUUUUCUAUUGGACGAACAUUAGAAAAGAACAAGGGCGUGAUUGCUUCUAAAGCUAGUAUCCAUGACGACGUCUUGAAGGCAGUUCAGACCGUCUUGGGCAUCUAAAAAAGAAAAGGUUAUCGCAUGUGAUAAAUAUAGAGAGAUCCCCCCCUUACCCAUGUUCAAAUUAAAUCGGUUCUUCAAAUAAAAAGUUCAAGCCUCUUUUUACUUUUUACCUCAUUAGGAC